GUUCCUCCCUCCCUUUCUGUCCUGCUAAAUCUAUUUGUGUCUUUUAGCAUGAAGCAGAAAGAAAGGAACAAGUGCUCUUAGUGCCAUGAUACUCUUAUGGCUCUUAACAAUAAAACAAACAUCCCUGAAAAUUCAAUCCAUGCCAAUGCCAUGACUGAGACCCUCCCUGAGGGAGCAGAGCCAGGUAACGUAAGAGCAGCGAAUGGGUGGCUGUCACAGCACCUUGCUACAGGAGAGACCUGGGUUCCAGAGAACCCCCAGAACACCUGAUCUUGGACCAAUGAAGGCUGAGCAUAUGGCAGAGCCAGUGCACUGGUCUUCUGGAGUAAGGUGGGACUGGUGUGGAGGAAAAGGUAUCAACUGCCCUGUUCUGAAGCUCUCUGCCCGGCAGUCGGUUUGAGAAGAUGGAGGACUGGAGUCGGCAGCAGUUGAGUUAGUGGAAGAAGGCUUUUUGUGGGCUUACGUUUCAGGCCCUCAUCUUCCUAUGGGGUCUCUGCUGAUUUCAGUGGUCUUGGGCUCCAGUCAUAAAGCAAAUGGACUGUCCAGUGGGAAGAAUGGGAACAUCACGAGGGUUAAUGCCUCCCUGGAUCGUGCUCGCAGACCAGGGUGGUGGCCUGAUGUUAGGACCUGAACCGAGCAGAGUACGGGACAGAGAACGAGAGCGCGCGUGUCACUGAAAUUAUGCAAAUGCUCAGCACGUGGACAUUGCUGCUGCUUUUUAAAGGGCAAAAGAUUUGAAGGUGGUAACCCCUCACCCAAGACCUCCUGCAGGAAGGAGACUGGGCUGAGACCUAUUUUGCUCCUCUGUUGUUGAUCAGUUCUCAGAGUUUUGCUCCUAAUAACUCUCCGCGCCUGCCGUCCUAUGCUCAGGGCAAACCCUCCCUCUCCCGACUCUGCAAAGGGAAGCCAGGACAAAGGAACCAGAGGGCCACAGGAGGUUGUGUGUUACAAAGUGUCAACCCUUCAAAAGUGGCGACACUUCCUGUGCAAUGAUCUCAUCAGACGGAACCGUAAGAAUGUGGAGACUGGGCGAGGAGAUGAGAGGUCAGAGGUGGAGCCUAAUAUUGUAAUUCGUGUUGCCUGGAAAAGUCUCCUCACUCUGAAAUACUAAAGCUGAGGAGAGGGUGGGGAGAAGACAAGUGGAGCUGCCAUUGCAGAGACCAGUACCAGCCAUGGGGAGAGCUGCCCACCGACCCCUCGUCGCCUUACUCUGCCUAGCAGCUGUGGUGUGUGAGGCUGAGGACUCCUGCCCAGAGGUUAAAGUGGUGGGUCUUGGUGGUAAUGAGAAGCUCGCGAUUCUGCAAGGAUGUCCUGGAGCUGCCGGUGCCGCAGGUCCCAAAGGAGAACCCGGCGCUACAGGAAUGAGAGGAGAAAAGGGAUCUCAGGGGAGCCCUGGGAAGAUGGGACCACCUGGAGAGAGAGGAUUGAAGGGGGACAUUGGUGGUGUUGGUCUGAAAGGAGACAAAGGAGACAUUGGAGUGCCUGGAACGAUAACCGAGAAGGAGCUGGAGGAUGUACACUGUGAGACAGGAGCAAAGAACUGCAAGGAGUUGCUAGCCAGAGGGAACAUCAUGAGCGGCUGGUACACCAUCUACCCCCACGACUGUAACGCCCUGACCGUGCUGUGUGACAUGGACACAGACGGAGGUGGAUGGAUAGUUUUCCAGAGGCGGGUGGAUGGUUCAGUGGACUUUUUCCGAGACUGGAAUUCAUACAAGAAAGGUUUUGGCAGCUACCUGACAGAAUUCUGGCUAGGGAAUGACAAUAUUCACCUACUAACGUCUUUUGGUAACUAUAUAACAAGCAUCGUGUGCGCUUUUCCCCACCAAGUUCGCUUUCUACCUGAUUGUAGAGUGAUCUCUUUGUAGUGUGGCAAGGGCCCCUC